GAUUUUCUUAUUUACUGGUUUGGUUGUUGAACCAUUCUUCACAAUUCAAACACUUUUUCUCAUUCCCAACAUCUCCAAAUCAAACCACUUAGAAACUUUUCCAAAACCAUUCACUAUUUUCAUUUUCAAAGUCUCAAACUUUGGUUUCUAAGUAUAUUCUAUUUCUUCCAACUUCGAAGAAACAAGUUCCAAACAUUUAUUUCACAAUUCUUCAUAUCUUCCCAAUUCAACUUUAUUUUCAUCUUAUUCAUUAUUAUUUCUUUGACUCACUUUUUCUUACUAACUUUUAUAGUUUUGGUGACCCUUUUAAGCCUUCUAUUGUUCUAUUCAAAUACUCAUAAAAAAUUACCUUUUUUAUUAUAAUUUUGAGUGUGAUUUUAAUUUUAUGAAAUGGUUGUUGAAAUUUAUUCAGAAAAUUGUGGUGUUGUUUCAAUGAGUCCAAGAAUUUCAUUCUCACAUGAUUUCUCUCAAAAGGGUCCAAUACCAAUUGAAAAACACCCUUUAAGAUCAAAUUCAUCAAAUUCAAAUUCAAGCAUUGAUUUUGAUUUUUGUGUCAAUGAAAAUUCCGAACAUGAAUCAUCUUCAGCUGAUGAGCUUUUUUCUCAUGGUAUCAUUCUUCCUACACAAAUCAAGAAGAAGACAAAGAAUGUUCCUUUGAAGCAAACAACAAUUCAACCAACAAAACCUCAACACUAUGCAUUACCACCACUCUAUGCAAAUGGAAGCAAAAACUCAAAGAAAAUGAGCACAAAGGAUGUGAAAGAUUUGAGUAAUGAUGAAGUGGAUGAAAAGCAUGGUUCAAAUAAGUCAUUUUGGGGAUUUAAGAGAAGUAGUAGUUGUGGAAGUGGAUAUGGUAGAAGUUUAUGUCCUUUGCCACUUAUUUCUAGAAGCCAUUCAACUGGCUCUUCAAAGAAAAACUCUUCAACUUCAAGAUCCUCUUAUUCUUUUGGUUCAAACAAUCAUCAAAAGGCUCAAGUUAAGAGAUACCAUGGUGGAGCUUAUGGUAAUAAUAGUGUUAGGGUUAAUCCUCUUUUGAAUGUUCCUUGUUCAAAUCUUUUUAGUUUUGGUUCAAUUUUUUCCAAAGUUAGGAAUAAGAAGAAAUAACAAAUUAUAUUUUACACAAAUAAUUAGGUCUUUCGAUUACAUCAACGGUGAUAUGAAUUUUAAUCAGUCGACACAGAUGAUUAGAUAUUUCGAUCACACCAAAUAUGAUAUGAGUUUUAGUCGGCAAUUGUGCAUUGUAAAUUUUCUAUUGGAUUGAUCAUAAUAUUUUCUAAUUUAAAAUUGUAUUAAUUUACAAAUUGGUGGGAUCAAGUUUUUGUUAUGUUUUCAUGGUUUGGUUUGUGAUAAGAAACAUUAGGUGUAGCUUGUAUAAGUUAAAGUUUUGAAAGGUUAAAUGUUUGCAUCAAGAAGACAGAGUGAUAAGAAAAAGAUGUUUGUGAAUGGAAUGGACAAAUAAUGAUGUAAUUCAAGCACAUGAUUUAGGCGACACAAAAUGACAUGUUAAUGUUGCUUUCAUGGUGUUCGUUUGUUUUUGUUUUUUUUUCCUCUUCCUUUUUGUUCACACAAAUUGUAAUUACAUUAAUUUUGCUUUCUGAUUUUUUUUCCCUUUUUCUCAUUCGUACUUUUUGUUUGUUUUCUUCUAUUAUGCGUGAACAAGAGAUGAAAUUAAAACAUUGAUGCA